ACAUAGCCUGAAGAGGACAUGAGGUAGCCACUCUGCGCUGCUUCUCUCUCUCUCUGUUUUUUUAGUCAACGUUGUUCGGCCCGAACUGUGUCCGGAAGCAAGAGGCCCGAAUAGUAUGCGGGAGACCCGAACAGCUCACGAGUGGGCAGGAGAGCGCGCGGGGAGGAGACUUCAGUGCCUCCCGGAGUCAACGGGGAGCCCGAGGACGUGCGGGCUCGCCCGACCUCACCGGCCGUAGGGCGCGGCAGAGGCAGCCCCAAAGGCACCACCGUCGGGCGCGGCGGGGCACAUGCCAGGAGGCGGCGGGGCCCAGGCUAGGAGGAGCACCGGCGGCGGUCGGGCGCUGCAGGGAGCCGGUGGCAGACGGGCGCAGCAGGGAGCCGACGACGGUCGGGCGCUGCACGGAGCCAGCAGCAGCAGCCGUGGGCGGAGCAGCCUGCGGGUGUCGGCGGCGCGGGACGGCGCCUACGGGCGGCUGCAGGCACGGGCGCGAGGCGGGUGGCCGGAUCCGUGGCGAGAAGAGCCGCGAGGAGAGCCGGGAUGGCCGGAUCCGCGGCGAGGAGAGUCGGGGUGGCCGGAUCCGCGGCGAGGAGAGUCGGACCUGACAGUGGAUGGAUCGGGGGAGGAGUUAGCACGGAGUUGCAGCGUGCGGGAGAGAGGGGAACCUAACAUCUAAUAUCAUGUUGGAUAAAUAGCAAUUGCAUUCACAUGAGGACCAAAAAUCAAUACAUAUACAUGUGUAGGGUAAAGUGCAAGAGACUCCUUAUACAACGGGGAUAAAGGCUAUAUACAUCUAACACUUCAUACUCCCGUUGGCAAGUUUCACCUUGGCAAUCGGUGGCCGUGGCGGCGGCGGAUCCUUGUUAUGGAAAUCGGGGUUCGCUAAGUAGAGAAGGCCGGCCCCCGGACUUUGUCAGAUUUCUCCCGCGGUGCGUGUCAUACUACAACACAUAAUAGCAACGCGUGGCGGAGGAGGAUUUCUGCUGGUUUUCUAAUGGAGGUCGGGGUGGUUCUGCUACUCCGCAUCUGCCUCUUCUGGGCUUUUCUAUCUCAAUUACUACCUACAUGGCCUCCUGUGUUAGAUUCGUGAGAUUGUUUGGCAUCCUUUUGUCUCUCUCAUCAGGUGUUCAAUCAUGGAGUCAUCGGGCAACAUUUUCACUGUUUGUGCAGAGCAAAACUGAAGAUAGAAUUGAUCCAACUGAAGGAGGAGACUCUAUUGUUGCCAGCAAAGAUGAAGACAGAAUUAGUGCGCUACCCAGUGAAAUUCUUCUCCACAUCCUAGAACGCCUUGAUCUCCGCACGGCGAUUCGGGCCGGCACCGUCGCAACACGGUGGAGGCACCUUCCUCAUCAACUAUCUCAUCUGCUCAUCAGUACCUCGGACGUCUGUAAGGCCGGUUACACGACAGAUGAGAUAAUGAAGGCAUACACGGACGCGACGAGGAGGCUGCUGUCUCCUCCGACUUGCAAGUGCACUCAAACCAUCAAAACAUUGAAGCUCGGGUGCUACAUCAUGGACCCUUACUUGUCCACAAUUGGCCAUACGGUUCAGGAUGUCGUGAAGAGCCGCGAACCUGAAUACCUCGAGUUCGCAAUGUGCCCAGAUGUUGCUUCUCCAAGUGAUGCCCAAUUAGCCUUGUAUGGACAGCGGUUUAUGUCAUUCUUUGGUGCAUACCCUGGUCCCUUCAAAUUGCUCACUAGACUAAUCCUUCAGAACCUUGCGUUUCAAGACUCAGAUGUCACCAAUCUUCUUAACACUUGCAGUAAACUUAAGAUGCUUUCCUUGAGAUCCUGUGAAAUGCCCCAGGAAUCUGUCCUUGAAUUAGAUGCCCCAAGCUCGGAGCUCAGCUCACUUGAACUUAAAUGCUUUGGAUGCAUACACGUUGAGCUAAUCUGUCUUCCUAAACUGAGGGAACUGGUAUAUGAUGUUUGGUUUUGUGAAAACCCCCCAGUGUCUUUUGGCUAUGUUCCCCAGCUUCAUCAUGUCUGCUUUGCUUGUCCUGCCCAGUCUUGGCAGAAGCCAUUCGUGCUGAGCCAAUGUUUAUCUAGUGACAUAAACCUGUCAAAUCUGCUUUUGAACUUUUACACUCAAAUGAUAUGGGUUGAACCUGAAGGUCCACAACAGCUCACCCCUAUAUUCAGCAAACUGAGAGAUGUGCACCUUUGCGGUAUAUUUACUGAAUGUGAUUUGGAUUGGACUAUGUUUAUACUUGAAGGCGCACCUUCACUGGAGAAUUUUCAUUUAUCUCGUCAUUCAUGUGAAUUCAAUAAGUCCGAGGACGAUGCCGAGAAGACCAACUUGGUGCGGCAAGCAUCCAAUUUCAAGCACUUGAAAUUGAAGUUGUUCGUGAUGAAAGGGUUCGAGGAGGAAUACAAGGUGAUGAAUUAUAUACGGCUCGUCAUGGAACGAGCCGUGUGCUUAAAGAGAAUUGAGCUGCCUGCUAUAUCCCCAUGCAAGAAGUGCACUGCCAUAUCUCCAAGAUUUCCGGUGGAUGAAGCUAGCAAGCACCGCAUCAGGGAGCAACUCAGAUACGGAUUAUCCUCAUCCACAGACAUAAUAAUCGGAUGAUGGUACAGUCAAUGAGUAAUCCUCAAGUAGGAUUAUCCUCAUCCGUAGACAUAAUAAUCGGAUGAUGGUACAGUCAAUGAGUAAUCCGCAAGGAUGACGACGGGCUUAGCCUGGUCGGUUCUGCCUAAUAAAGAAAAGUCCACUCUUACUGCAGCUGGAGUGAUGUGUUAGAAUUGCUGCUAUAUAAUACUGCGCAUUAGGCGCGGACAGUUAUAAAAUUUUCUGUUUUUUGAUUAAUGAUAGCCAGGAAAUGGUCAUGUGGUUCUUGACUUGUGUGUGCUUUAAACUAUGUUGUUCAAUGUAAGUGAAUUGUGCACUGCGGACUUGCUUCGGUUGCCGGAGGCCAAUGGCUUAUAUCAU